AUGGAGGAAGCUAUGGAUAAUCCGAAAGUAGCAUUUCUCACUUCAGAGAAGAAGGCGAAACACGAAGAUCGGCUUUUGUGGUACAAAUACACAUUUUGGAAGGACGAUCCGGGAGCAAAAAAUAUAACGGGUCGGGAUUUUCUCGGAUGGCCACAACCCGUCUUUGAGAGUGUGAUGCUUGCUGCCAAAGCGUUUAAAUGGGAAAUGAAAAACGGUCUAAGCAACUACCCGGUGGUCGAGUGGUUAGCUUGUUUGCGUUCUGCCUGUGAGGGCUUGGGUUCGAUCCCCAGUUGA